UUUUGUCUUUUCUCUCAUCUUUCACUUUCAUUCUUCUAUCUUUUUCUAGCAAUUUUCAUACUCUCAUUCAACAAAUAUAAAAUAUGAACUCUUUUUUGUCAUUCAAUAUAUAGAACCCAAAAAGGAAAAAAAAAUAUAUUACUACAAAACACUCUAUUCAUUGCAUUAACCGACUUGUAUUAAGAGCUUCACGGGAUAACUGUUUCUGUAUAUUCAUUAAUGGCGGAAGUUGAAGUACAAAUUUCAGAAACAGAGAGCUCUUCUAAUACUAAUACCUCUGUUUCUUCUUCUUCGUCUUCGUUGUCCGCUGAUUCCAUGCACAAAUCGGUUUUUGAUUCGUCAAACAAAUUACCGAAAGGGAAGAAACGGCCGACGAAGAAACAGAAGGCUAUUACUAAUAGUGAGAGUAGACAUCAAAUUUACAGAGGAGUUAGGAUGAGAAGUUGGGGGAAAUGGGUAUCUGAAAUUCGUGAACCGAGGAAGAAAUCACGUAUUUGGCUCGGUACUUAUCCUACAGCAGAAAUGGCCGCUAGGGCACAUGAUGUUGCAGCGGUGAGUAUAAAAGGAAAAUCCGCCAUUCUCAAUUUCCCUCAUCUAAUCGACUCGUUGCCUCGUCCAUUGUCAAAUUCACCUAGAGAUGUUCAAGCUGCUGCUGCUAAAGCAGCAUCAAUGAGGGACCCACCUUCUUCAGCCUCAUCGUCCUCGUCCUCGUCCUCGUCCUCAUCCUCAACAACAUCAACGGGAUCUGAAGAGCUUUGUGAGAUUAUUGAACUGCCUAAUUUAGCAGAAAGUGACGAUUCAAAAACUGAGUUGCGGCCGAGUGACUCAGUUGAAGGACUGCUGUACUCGCCGUGGUGGGCAGAUCAUAGUACAGAUUUUUGUGGUUAUUUUCUGGAGCAGUCUGCAGCUGGCGCUGGGGAAAGUUUAAUUUCUUGCAGCUUUGAGACACUGAAAUGGGCUUGUUAAAAGCUGAUCAUAAUGGAGCUUUUAGGACUCAGAACUCUGGGCUUUGCUCUGUUUUUUUUUUUUGUUUUUUAUUAUGGAUUUUUUUGAAUAUCUGUCGAAUAGUAGUUACUGUUCUAGUAAAUAUACUUAAGUAUCAGUUUAGUUGUGCAUAAUCAUAAAAUUUAUUUACGGUUUCUUAUA